AUAUUUUGCAAACUCAGUAUAAAUAUGAGCAAAUUAAUCAAGGACCAGUCUAGUCUUAGCCAAGACUGUUCUACUACAUCAGUUCAUGAAGAAAAUACACAGAGUAUUUCUCUAACUGAUUCCAGUGGGUGUAAAUCGGAGCUGGAUUUCUCAACUAAUUUGAAGCAUGUUGAUACGAAUGCAUCUAGCUGAGGUGAAGACAAAUCUACGUCUGAAGGAGUGUCCAGGAUAACCGAGAGCUCUCACUCUGGAGAUCAUGAGGGUAAGCGGAUGCUUGCCAGUGGAAUUCAAACUAUCGUUAUCAUGAAUAAAUUCACCCAUUCUAAGCAUAUUGAUCAGCGAAAACAGAAUAUUAAUAUUGUACAUGAUAAGAGAAAGAGGCUUUUUGAAGACACAGAGGUAACAUCAAGCUGUGUGAAACCAUCUAAUUAUAAAUAAAAUGCUCAAAGAUUUCUCAAAUCAUCAGCAAAGGAAGAAGUCUCAGCAGUCGAAUAGAUUUGUAGGACCUCAGGAUAUAAAACAGCAUCAAAUUCAGGAUGAGAAUAGCCAGCAGAAAUGUCCACAGAUGAAGCAAAUAGCAAUCUCAAAAAUUAAAUUCCAAUACAGCCUAAGCAAGUCUUCUACUCCAUUGUCAACUAAGAAGAAGGGAUCAAUUUCUCGAAAAAUUGUAAUGUCAAGCAUCAACAAGAUCAGAUGCAGCAACACAAGAGGAAAUCCCAGGGUAAAAUAUCUGAACUGUAAAUAAAUUUCUCUCAUUCACAAAAGAAUCUGAUGACUGACCGAAGGAGGCUAAUGAUGAAUAUUACGCUCCAAGCAAGUACAAUCUGUCCAGAGUUAGUAUCACAGGUCCUAGAAUGAUGAAGGAUGCCAAAAUGAAGCGAUGGGACCCUUACUCUUCCAGAUAUGUCGUCAAAUCCCAGAGCAAACCUAAUGGUAAUAAGAUGAUGACCACCAGGAUUGGCGUCAAGAAGUCCAUUUUUCGAGGAAUCAGGCAUGAUUCCUUCUAUCAGAUUCAUAAGAAGGUUAAUAGUCCAGAUAAUAGCCAGUCAACUCUGAAGAAGAAAGAGACAUUUGUGCAGAAAAAUGGAACGUUUCAGAACAGAGCUAAGUCAAUGGCUAUCAGUUCUUCUGAGAUGGCCACCUUUUAUAAGCAUUAUCAUGGCAAUAAGGCCAAUAAUUGCAAGAAUCGGGUGUUUAAAGCUUUAUGCGACCAGUAUGUUACAGAUGAGUGUUUUAACAACACAACCGCCUCUGCUUUGCAUCAAGAGGGUUCAAUAGAGAGGGGUAGUAAUAAGGAUUACUCGGAUCUGAUAAUCCCAAAGCCUCGUGAAAAGAGUUAUGAAAGACUACGUGCACGGAAGUAUCACUAA